GUGCCGGAUAUCUCGAGCUAAACAAGAGGAACUCACAGAGUAUUUAUUCUCCCACAGACACUUCGUCACGGCACCGAUCGCACCACAACUCCUACAGCAGCGCACAAGCUCUUGGAUUAUUCCGUGGCUGAGUAACUUCGAUCUCAGUGCAGGAUGUUUUACUUCCACUGUCCCCCACAGCUGGAUGGGGAGUGUUGCAGAACUAAUACAUUGAACUCAAACGGCUUUGGGAACCAUGCCUCUGGAGACUUCGAUGAUGGUUUUCUCAGGAGGAAACAACGCAGAAACAGAACCACCUUCACUUUACAACAGUUAGAAGCCCUGGAAGCAGUUUUUGCCCAAACUCACUAUCCGGACGUGUUCACAAGAGAAGAGCUGGCUAUGAAGAUUAAUCUUACAGAGGCCCGGGUCCAGGUGUGGUUUCAGAACCGAAGAGCAAAGUGGAGAAAAACAGAGCGAGGCAGCUCGGAUCAAGAAAGCACAAAGGAGCAAAUGAGUGAUGGAGCUCCUGCUGCCAGAAACCUCAACCAGUCUCCUGUGGAUCAAAGCAGAAACAAAAAAGAACCUCUGGAAGCCCAACAAAAUGUUAACAGAGCAGUUGCUGGAGGGCCAUUUUUCCCAUCCUGUUUGCCUGGAACUCUUCUCAACACUGCGACUUAUGCCCAAGCUUUGUCACAAGUGGCAACUUUGAAAGCAGGAAGCCCCCUGUGCUCUUGCUGUGUGCCUGACCCUAUGGGUCUCUCCUUCCUGCCUCCCUACGGGUGCCAGAGUAACAGGACGGCCAGCGUGGCAGCUCUACGCAUGAAGGCCAGGGAACACUCUGAGGCUCUGCUGCAGUCAGCCAAUCUACUUGGGGCAGUACCAGGGCCAGGAGCCAGAGUUUCUGUUGGUCUCGGUCAAAGCACCAACACAGUGGGAGGGGAAGACUCCAGUCCUGCCUCUGGUUCUUCAAAGCUACCAACCCAGGGAACUACCCCUGAAAAGCAGCUGCAUUGCCCAAAAGAGAACCCGGACAAGAAAUAAGGGAGUCAUUUUUGCCUACACAGCACGUUUUCCCCUCCUGGACAUAAGGAAUUACAAUCUCAUUAUGAAUGCCUGCUGCCCCCUUCCUCACAUGCAGUCAAAACAACAGGGCAAGGUGUUCGGUGUUAUUUACUAUUGUGUUAUAAUUUGAGUGUGGGUGCAUCAAGCUAUUUAUUCAAUUGUUGUUUAUCUAUUAUUGUUACAUUUUGCCUAUUAUUAUGAAUGAUAUAUUGCCUAUAUACCUUUGGCACUGUAAAUGGUUUUAAUGGUGGAGAGUUUGUGGGAUGAAUUUACCCUGGCUGCCAAUGUGAAUUCAUAUAUUUUUCCAGCCACUUUCAUGUAGGACUUAUACUGCCUUGUAUACUGUGAAGUCAGGUGAUGUAAGAAAUUGCAUUGUAUGAAAGACCAUUUUUUCUAAAAUGUAAAAAAAAAUAAUAUAUAUAUAUAUAUACACACACACCAUGCGCUAAUAUAAAUGACCUAAUGUGAAAUAAUAUGAAAGUGUAUAUUUAUUGUGUUUUCUUGAUCUGCUAAAAGCAAUUUCAUCACACUGGUCAUGAGAUGUGACACUCUUGUUGUCAUCACAUCUGCAAGGCAAUGACAGACUGUGAGUGUUCUCACUCUGGUCCUGUUU